AUGCUGGGGUCCGGGCUGAAUCUGGUGACCACGGUGAUCGGCUUCGGGAUGAGCGCCACCUUCAUCGUCUUCGUCUGCGCACGCCUCAUCUGCGGACGCGCCGUGCGGGCCGACGCCGAGGCCGACGUCGCCGCCGCCCGGGCGAUGGCUCCGGGCCCCGCGCCCUUCGACUUCGACAUCGAGUUCCGCACUGCGGAUCUCGAUCGCACGAUUCAGAACACCUGCAGUGGAUUGGAACCUUUCGUUGUUGCUGCAAUUCCAACAAUAACGUAUAGCUCUGAAGCCUUCCAUUCAAAAGAUGAUGCCCAGUGCUCCAUAUGUUUGGGUGAAUACGACGAGAAAGAGAUCCUGCGUAUAAUGCCCACAUGCCGACAUAAUUUUCAUCUUUCCUGUAUAGAUAUAUGGUUAGAGAAGCAAACGACCUGCCCAAUAUGCCGAAUCUCGUUGGACUUACCGGGUGGAAAAGCCAGUGCUUCUCCUGCCCGUAGCCUCCCUCAAUUAUUUGGCCACCCUGAGAGCUCUGCCAGUCGAUCACCGCAUUGGAUACUUCCUAUGCAUCGUGAUCGUAGUGGGGGUAGAGGUAACAGACCGGCCUCACAAGAAUCAUUAGAAGUGGUCAUAACAUGA